AAAGCAUUUGCUUUUAUGACAGCAGGUGCAAGCAUCAUGUCCUGGUAUCUUUGGAGGAAAUCCAGAGUGUCAGGAAGCAGAUCCGGUUAAAAAAGGCAGAUCCUAAUUAUUCAUGUUCUAGAGCUUUUCUCUGUCAGCGUCCUGCUAGGAAAGGUGUCCCGCCUUCCAUCUGUGAUAUGCAGCUGCUUCAUCACAAACCUAAGAGGCUAGGAAGAGGUGGGAGCUGUGGCUUCUCAAACAGAAGGCUUCGAGGGUGCAAUUCAGUCAGCGAGUUCAAUAUCACAUAUGUGGUGGAAAGAAGCCUGUACAGUCACCUCAACCUAUCACAUCUGGUGCGGCCCGUGACUGACAGAGCCUUGAGCAAAAGUGAAGAACAGGAGUUGAGGCGGUGCCUGCUGGAGGAAGAGGCGGCGGCAAAGAGGAAGUGGGCUUCCACAGUCGAUCGCUGUACAAAAAGGGUUCUUUUGAGAAUCCACCAAAAGUCUAGAACCUGCAGCUUUGGUGGUUUUGAUUUGGCAAAUCGCUCACUGCACAUUGGAAACAGUCCAGAUCAAAUUGGAAAGGAUGGUGAUUUUGUCUACAAAGAGGUGAUCAAAUCUCCUUCGACUUCCCGCAUAUCCCUGGGUAAGAAGGUGAAAUCUGUAAAAGAAACCAUGAAGAAAAGAAUGUCUAAAAAAUACAGCAGCAGCAACUUGUCAGAGCAGGAACCCAAUCUGGAUGUAAGGCCAGAGUCUCUUCAGGCACCACAGCCAGAUACUUUGGAUAAACCAAAGUUGAAAGCUGGUGGUUCAGUAGAAAGUUUGCGGAGUUCCCUCAGUGGCCAAAGCUCCAUGAGUGGGCAGACGGUAAGCACAACUGACUCUUCAACCAGCAAUAGAGAGAGCGUCAAGUCUGAAGAUGGUGAUGAGGAGGAGCUUGCGUACCGAGGGCCUUUCUGUGGUCGUGCCAGGGUUCACACUGACUUUACCCCCAGCCCUUAUGAUACGGAUUCUCUUAAACUUAAGAAAGGUGAUAUUAUUGAUAUAAUUAGCAAGCCUCCCAUGGGUACCUGGAUGGGUCUUCUGAACAAUAAAGUUGGUACUUUCAAAUUCAUCUAUGUGGAUGUGUUAAAUGAAGAGGAAGAAAAGCCUAAAAGGCCCACAAGGAGGCGCCGAAAAGGAAGAUUACAGCAACCCAAAUCUGUUGAGGAUCUCCUUGAUCGCAUCAAUUUAAAGGAGCACAUGCCAACCUUUCUGUUCAAUGGCUAUGAAGACUUAGAUACCUUCAAGCUCCUGGAGGAAGAAGAUUUGGAUGAGCUCAACAUUCGCGAUCCAGAGCACCGAGCUGUUCUCUUGACAGCAGUGGAGCUCCUGCAAGAAUAUGACAGUAACAGUGAUCAGUCGGGCUCUCAGGAGAAACUCCUCGUAGAUGGCCAAGACCUCAGUGGAUGUUCUCCCAGGGAUUCAGGCUGCUACGAAAGCAGUGAAAACCUGGAGAAUGCUAAAAUACGACAGCCUUGUCUCCUGCCCACAAAAUUAGCCAGUGAAUAUCAUUUUAAGGAUUUCCACCGAAACCCACUGGUGAAUUUUCCAAAUCUACCCUUAAGUAAAUCAACGGAAGCUUAUCAGAAAGAAAAGAAAACCCAGUUCAGCUGUGUGUAUCCAGUCUUCAAAAACCGUCUCAAGCUGCCAGCAGCUAUGGAUCUCAAGAAGAAAGGUAGAAGUUUGCCAGUUGGUGUCUGCCGAAGUUGGGAAGUUUUAGAAAGAGCACCAAAUAUGCCAAUAUGGCCAAGAUCCCAUUCUCUUGGAGACCUUCAUGGAAAUAUUGACACUGGUAGUAUAAAAUCAGUAGAUAGUUUACCUCUGGAUUCAUUAAAAAAACCAACUGAGCCUGAAGGCGGUGGGCAGAUAAUAAAACUAUUGAUGGCUAAUCAAAGAAAAGAGGUUGUUGAUCCCCUUAAGGGGAAGAGAAAGGAAUUCCACUUGUCAGCAACCAUGCCUUCUACAAGAAUGUUCCCUCAGCAUUUGCCCGAGAACUGUGAUGCUCAGACAUCUUCUCUGUCCCAUGGUAUGACCUGGACUCCUUUUGAAAGUUGUAAAAAAAGCACCCAUGAUCUUGGAAGAGCUAAUGCUUCGAUCUCCAAAGAAAAUGUGGAAACUGAUGAGAAGGACAUGAGUGAAGCAAAAAUGCUACCCAAAACAUCUUCACAGCCACCGCCAGUCCCUGCGAAAAAAAACAGAGAACGCGUUUCUAAUGGACACUGUCAUCUCCCCUCAACUCUAUCUUGUUCAGAUGUACCGUCUUUGCCAGCAAAAAAAGUUACCCUUCAGGGCUCCUCCAGUUCCCAUGAACUGACUGCAUGUAUAACAUUUCCUGAUCAGGAACCCAAAACUCCUUCCAGCAUAAGGCCUCCUUGGUUGUCCGACCUUCCAGAAACAACUAGUGUCCAGCAACAUGUGUUAAAACUCGAUCCUUCUUCAGUAAGGAAGAUAUCCUGUAAUAGAGGACUGGAUCUUGAAAUGUUGAUAGAAAAUAAGCUGCAGUCUGAAGAUAUUGAUCUUACAGAAGAGCCCUAUUCUGAUAAGCAUGGCCGUUGCGGGAUUCCUGAACCUUUGGUGCAAAGAUAUGCUGAAGAUUUAGAUCACCCUGAAAAGGAUGUUGCUACACACCUGGACCAAGUCCGAGUGAAGCAGCUGAGAAAGCAGCACCGCAUGGCUAUUCCAAGUAAUGGCCUCACUGAAAUUUGCCGAAAACCUGUAUCACCUGGAAAUGUCUCUUCCAUAACUGAUUGGCUAGUUUCUGUUGGCCUCCCAAUGUACUCAGUCUCUCUCAGAGCUGCAGGAAUCAAUGACUUAAGUAAAGUGCCUUCUCUCUCACAAACGUCACUUCAUGAGGCUGGCAUCACUGAAGAGAAGCAUAUAAGCAAGCUUUUAGCAGCAGCGAGACUUCUGAAUCCAGAGACCAUAUAACCCAUUCUGGAAUAUAGUAUUUUUUUUUCUGUUGGAAAACCUAUCAUUUCUUUUAAAAGCGAUUUCAUUAUUAAUUGCCCCAGAAAAAGCUUUGGAACAGGGAAAUCUGGUCCUGGAGAAGGCUGAAGUUUCAUCCUCUUCAUAUAAAACUAGUAUCAGCGGUCCACAACAGGGAAGUAUUUUUAUUCAAAGAAAAGGCACAAGCAAUAGUUUUCAUUUGCUAAGGACUCUUAGUGUUGCUUUUGGCCAUACAUUCUUGAAAAGUCAACAACAAACAUCUUCAGUUUGGGGGGAAAGGGGAUAGCAAAUUGUAGAUCUCUAGAUACUUUGGUUCUAUUCAAAGGCUAAAGCAUAGCUAACCAUUAAGGAUUUUUAAUUCAAAUUUAUAUAUCCUAUUUGUUGAAAUCACAACAAAUGUAUUAAAGAUUAGUUCUAUUUCUAUAAUAGAGGUUCCUUCCACAUCCUUUUCAUUUCAGCAAUUUAUAUAAAAAAUAUAUUAAUAAAGCUUUCCCAAUAUAGUUUCCUAGAAGGUCAGAGUUGAGGAACACAUAGCUUUUGAUUUUCCCCAUAAACAGAAGAUGAGGCAUGGACCAACAGGUGAGGGCCACAGAUUUCCAUCUGACGGUAGCUAGGCCAGAGUUCUGAAUUUUAUACCUUUGAGCUGAUCUUCAUUGCAACGGACCGAUUUUUUAAAAGCUCAUUUCUUUAGAAUAAAAGUUCUAUUUAGUAGCCAGUUUUAAUUUGCCUUAAAAUGCUUUUGAGCAGUUUACUUACCAGCCUUCAGAUUUACAAGAUCUAUCAUUGUUGCAGUUUUAAUUUACCAAAAGCUUAUUUUAAAGAUUUCCUAUAUCUCACAACAUCUCCUUGUGUAAAGUUGCUGUUUUUGAAAUUGCAGACUUUAGUUCUCAGGCUAACAAGAUGUUUAUAGCUAUUAAUGUUUGCUGGCAUUACUAAAAGGCUGAAAGAUAUUUUGCCUUUUGUAUGUACAUAGAUAUAUAUAAAUAUGAUACAAUGCUUUUCCAUGUUAAUUGCAGUUUUGUGUAUUGUGAUGCAUUGUCGUUCGGUUUGCUGCAGCUUUGACUUGGUAUCCUGACCAUAUCAAUGUGACAUGGGUUGUUCCGUCUGCCCCAAAGAAAACCUAACUGGCUGAAUAAGCAAAAUAUCACUCAUCAUCCAGAGAAUCAGAAAAAGAAUUCUACUUCAGUGAGAUUUUGGGGGUGAAGGGAACUCUCAAGCUAUAGUUCCUGUAAGAGUAGCUAAACAUGUCUGUUAUUAGAUAUUGAAAUUAUUUACUACAAUGGGUUGCUGGAGCAAACUGGUUUUGUUUUUUUUCUUUGUGGUACCAUGUUCUUGUUUACUAAAACUAUUAAACUAUACAAUGUAAAAUCUCUUCCUUGUUUCUGUGAAUAUAGAUAAAUUUUAUUUUUGUACAUGAUCAGGCAUAUUAUAUACCAAAUAAGUCUGACACUUCGAUUGUCCAGUAGUACCUACUAACUACUAAUUAGCUAUAAUAAUGAAGGCUUUUCAGGAUAAGUAAUGCCCCAAUAGUUUGAAGAUGUAAUGGACUCAGUCUAAGCCUGGGAACAUGAAGCCUGAUUUCAGAUAGUUUCUCAUCACCUCUUUGUGCCUCCCAUUGCAUUACCUCUAAAAAAAGAAAUUAUUUUACAACUUCAAAAAAUGCAAUAUUCAGCUAAGAACAUUUCUGCAAAGCAUAAUUCUGCCUUUCCAAGAACUCUUUCUCACCAGGUAUCUUUCUCUUAUGGACUUUAAUGUAUCAGGUAUUUGUGGAGUUUUACUAAAAAAAAAAUAUCACUCCAACCUUCACUAUUUUAUUAGAUUAUUCUGACAAGCACAAGUGAUUAAAGAUUUCUACUCAUUAAAGGAAAAAAAGGUGUGUGGUGAACAUUUCUUCUCAUGUACAAAUUUAUUACUUUUUAAUUAAAUUAAUGGAUGACUAUAUAUGCAGAGAGAUGUCCUCUGCAUGUAGAUUGUGUGGUUAUAAGCUUGUAAGAUUAGCUGGAAUUCUCAUUUAUUUGUAAUAUACUGUAGAAGUUGAUUUUAAAAAAAAAUUAUUACCACAAACGGUUUAGAUGCAGUGGAAGAUGGAAGACAGUCAUGGUAAUAUGUCAGGGUAUAAAUAAUGCCACUAAGGUUUCACAUUUACAGAAUUACAGAAUGAGAAAAAAAAUAAAUAUUUUAUACAUCUCAAGAAGUAUAUUCAUUAGGAAGGAUACAAAUUAUUAAACUGAGAACAGAAGUGCACAAAUCCAAUGCUGGUUCUGUUGAUAUUGCUAUAUACUUUUUAAAAAUAAUUUUAAUGUGUUGUUUAUUUUUUUUUGUUUCACAUACACACAAUCAUUAUGCAUAGAGAUUACAUAUUAUUUAUAGUAUAACAACUAACGCAACUGCUGACCAUUUCCCCGGUAUUCAUAUUGAUUCUGAAAAAGUGUUAAAUCAUUUAGUAUUUCCAUGUUGCAGAGAAAGUCUAGGUGAUAUAGAAGAACCCCCUAGGUUAGAAGCUGUUAACAUUAAGCUAGACUCCUGUAUUGAUAUUCUACAGACAGGUAGGACCACGUUAAUAUAAUGGAGGAUGGUUUUUAACCAGCAGUUAAUCAAAGAGGCAGCAAUAUAUGCUUCACGGUCCUCCUGAGAAUUAUUCUAAUUAUAAGUUUGCCUUUGGGUGCAAGUGGUAAUGCUGUAAAUAAAGAUAUCAGAGCACAACUCCUCAUUAAUCUUAUUUAUGCAAACUGUAGUGCAGCAAUAAAGGUCAGUUCACCAAGUCAUGGCUGUACAUAUGCAUUAUAUUAUUUUUAAGCAACAUAUUUUGUCCAUACUAAACCCCUAAAUGCAAUUUAUUUGGGAAUAAAAAAAAUAAGUUAUGUAACAACUAACAAAAGUUGCACUUUCUGUAUAUUUAAAUAACUUAUUUUUCUCCCAUUUACUGUUCUUGAAUAAUGUAAGUAGAUGUAAUAUACCAGCAUCGAUAUGUUCUUGCAAUUUGCUUCCAUUGCAGAAAGUUGUGUAAAGAGAAAAAAAACGGGGGGGAAAAUCUUACAGGUGUGUAAAGAUUACCGUGUUGUUUUACAUCAAGAAAAGAAGCAACAAAAUGACUUAUCUGUCUAUGAAAACAAUUCUACAAUUAUGUACUGUUGUUCAAAGGAAAAUAAAAUUCAUGUUGCUAUAG